AAGAAAAAAAAGAAAAAUAGAGGGAAAGAGAGUCAGAGGAAGAGAGAGACAGAAAAUAAGAGAGGAACAUUCAUCUACCAUGCUGAGGAAAAGAGGACUAGGGAACAAAGAAACUUCCCAUUUUCAUAGGAAAAUGUAGGAUGGUACCUGGUUCUACAAGUGGCAAAAAGUCAUUGAAAACCAGUAGUAUGGAAAGGUAGAGACAUUCUAAGAAAGUAGAAGCCCUGGAUAAUUAUAAAAGUAGCUGAUAAAUAUAUCAAAGUUCAUAAGAUUUGCUAAUUUUGAAAAUUUUUGCUCAUGAAGACAUUGAGACAAGACACAUGCCAGCUUGAAUGCAAUAGGGAAAAAAUUCUGAAAUUCCUGAAUUAACUUUUUGUUUCUCUUUCACUUGUUUCCUCCCUUCAGCAGAUAAGCAUUUAGCUGUUUGGCAGAAUAGAGAUGGACCUCAAAUUGAUCUUCUCUGUAACUGUGUGUCAGUCAAACUUCUUUUUGUUAUCUUGUCUUUAAAUACAUGGCAAGGUUUCUUUCAGUUUCUGGCCAUUUCUUUCUAUCUCUUUGGUUUGCCUGUUCUUGAUCUUUCUUCACUGGAUAUGAGACACACUUUAUAACUGUAGUACUUAAUGUAUUAAUUUUCUCUUACUGCCCUAAAAAAUAACCACAAAGUAAUUUUGGAGUAUAGCAAUGAAUGGUGACAAGACAGAUCAUUUUCACAAAUGUUCUCAUCCAGGUAGAAACUAAUCCAUUGCACCAGAAAAAAACUAAUGUUAUCUCUUUCCCCACUCUUAGGAGGAAAACAUCCACUAGCAAAGCCAGACGUGAGUACACAGGAAAAGAGGCAGGUAGCAUGUGCCAAAGAAACAGGAAGAGCUUUCCUUGUCAUGAUGAACUAGACAUUAACGUAAAACAGUCAUAGCAUUUCUGACAUAAGUGCAGUUCAUUGGCUUUGUGCUGUAACACCAAAAUUAUAGCACCCAUAAAUACAAUACAUGGAAAAGUAUUCAAAUGCAAUUACAGACAAGAUUAUGGAGUUACAUAUAUGUAAAUGAGGGACCACAAAUAUGUAAAGGAUGACUCUGUUGGGCACCACACCUGUUGCUGAGAGGAUAUAAAUGCCCUUGUCCAGGAUGCAACAUUAAAACUCAGAAUCUUCCCGGGUACACUCAACUGAACUCACAUCUCAUCAGCAUGUCCUACAACUGCUGCUCUGGAAACUUCUCCUCCCGCUCCUUUGGGGGCUACCUGCACUACCCAGGCUGCAACCCCUACAGCACUGCACUCUGCUCUCCCAGCAUCUGCCAGCUGGGCUCCUCUCUCUACAGGAACUGUCAGAAGACCUGCUGGGAGCCCACCAGCUGCCGGAAAUCCUGCUACCGCCGCAGGACCUCCAUGCUCUGCAGUCCCUGCCAGACGACUUGCAGCAGAUCUCUAGGCUUUGGGUCCAGCAGCUGUCACUCCCAGGGCUAUGGAUCUAGGAGCUGCUACUCGCUGGGAAGUGGAUCCAGUGGCUUCAGAUUCCUGAAAUAUGGAGGUUGUGGUUUUCCUUCCCUGAGUUAUGGAUCCAGAUUCUGCUACCCAAACUACUUAGCUUCUAGAGCCUGGCAGUCUUCUUGUUAUAGACCAAUCUGUGGAUCUCGCUUCUAUCAAUUCACCUGCUAAAUUUCUAGAUCCUUUUGAGUAUUGGGAUCAAAGUCUCUACUGAAUGCAGCCAUUGUUUUCAUUCUUGCCAGUUCCCAAUAUCCUUUUUUUCUUCUUCCACCAGCUUCUUGCAUCACCAACUUCUGGCAGACUGUGAAAUUAAUAAGUAACCUAAUAUUAAGUUCUAAUAUCUUUACCAUUGAUCGAAUAUAUGCUAUCUGAUUUUCAUCCAAAAACUGUUGAAAAUGGAAAUUUUAAUCUAAUAAAUUUAUGUAAU